UUGGACAUACACCUCAUGGAAGUGGCCAUGCCAAGUCAGCAACUUUGCCUAUGUGGCAUUACUUGAUCAAUUGCCAUAUUAGUAUUCUGUGAUUGCAUUAGUGGAGGAUGCAUUUUAUUUUGGUUUACGGGUCCCGGUUGCGGGGAACUAAUGUUUGUUUUGGACCCUGUGCCUCAUACGUGUGAGCCAUGCGCCCAUGAUUGAGUUUGAGAGCCGUUGAAGCGUUUGUUUUGCUGUUCUGCACCGACCGGUGUGAUUCGGUGGAGAGGAGGCCUUCUUAUUCGAAAUUUCAAACAGCAGUAUGCCGGCAUCAAUGGUUCCGGUGAUUUCGCGAAUGUUGGCGCUUAGAUUCUAUGGUAUACUUUUUGUUGUCCUUUUUCUCGCUGCCCUUAUCACGUGGCAUCGCCAUUUGAAAAAACCCCAACGGUUCUCUUCGGCGCAGUCGACCGUUAACCCACACAAAAAGAGCAGCACGCUCCUCCUCCACCCCGUCUGUUUUCCACCCGGUUCCUGCCGCACUCGAAACUUUCAGAUAACGGAAGCAAUGGCUGCCAAGCUAGUCUUCACGGAAGAAGAGAUGGCCGUGGACGAAUGCCUUGGGUACCCUGAAGCCUACGCCAAGCUCUGUAGAAGUCCCAGUGUGCUCAAACUCGGCAUCCAAGGACCCCCUUUUGCCUUCCUUCCCUACGUCUUGCAGCCUCAGGAGGCUUUAAGAGCAAAAGACUUGAAUCAGAUGUUCCCCGUCAUCGACCCAGAAGCAAAACCUUCUGUUAACCCCAGAGGUUUUGUCAAUCUCCUGUGGAAGCAACUGGACCAUCUUGGGAAUGCGGGAUUUGAUCCUGCAUUGUUUCGAGUGGACCCUUACGGCAAUGUUCUCUAUUUGAAUGCUGAUCCAGCUUCUCCCCUUGCUUGGGAUGUUGAUCAUUGGUUUCCUUGUUCCAGAGGGGGAAAAACUGUUCCUGGCAACCUAAGGCUACUGCAAUGGCAAGUGUGCAGAAAGAAACACAAUAAACUGGAGUUUCUCACUCCAUGGUGGGAUCUUCAAUUGGGUAUCUCUGUCAACCAGUUUCUAUCCAUAUUCGCCUCCAGGAAUUCAGAUUUCAGGAACAGAGCAUUUUCCUUCUUGUUCUUGGAUGGGGGGAGCGAGGAGUUGAACUCAUUGCAGGCUGUUGAAUCUCAUAGCUUUCCACAGCAUUUCAUUGAGAUGAAACGGCAAGUAGGGUUUGCUCCAGCUGCCAUUGUUUCAUCACAAAGAAGUUCUGAUGCAUCGGUGCUGAAAACUCUUGAUAUAAAUAGAUGCCUGAGGUUCCAUUCCCCUUUAAUUGCUGCAAGGAAAUCAUCUGCUGAAGAAGAUGAUGCUCACAACAUGGCAACUCAGAAAGUUAGACCAAACAUCUCUAAAGAGAACAACAUACCUGAUGCUAAUUAUAAUGAUGAUAAUCCUUAUCUAACCAUAGCAAUGGCCAGAGAUUCACUGAGACAGAAAGAAGAAACUAAAAGGAAGCUAGUGGAGAUCGAUCAGUUGGAUGAUGAACUGAAUGAUUUGAAAAGAAAAAAUGAAACAGAAAGGCUCACCCUCCAGGAGUUGGAGACAGUGCUAAUCAGACGGAGGCGGAGAGUUGAGAAAUGUCGGCGUUUGGCAGAGGCUCAGUCCUCUUACAAGGCUUUAUUGGAAAAAAUGAUCAGAGAUGCCAUGCAUCAGAGUGUUGUUUACAAGGAGCAGCUUAGGCUGAACCAGGCUGCUAGUAGUGCUCUUAUGGCAAGACUAGAGACACAGAGAGCAAUCUGUGAUGCUUCUGAGAAUGAACUUCACCGAAAAUUCAAACAAAGAGAUGAGAUUGAGAAGCAGAUUAGGCCUUCUUGGGAGCAAGCACGGAAAAGAUCACGCGUUGAUGAUACACUAUUUCAGGAAAGGCAUGAUAAAGCCAUUCAGUUUCUGUCGGCAGGGAGGAUUAAAAACCCUAUAAAGAAGGAGCUUAGAGUAUUUCUAGAGGAGGAGCAAAAGGCUUCUGAAGCUGACCCAUCUCUUGGUGGACAAGGAGAAGAGUCAGGAGAAACUACUACGACCGGCAGUAUAGAGAAGGAUGAAACAUGUAGGACUUUGAUAGUGGACAAGGAUGAGGAAUUUGCUUUAAGAGAGGGCAAUUGCAGCAAGAACAUCGAAUCAGAAGAGAAGAAAUCAUCUUGUCUUAUCCAGAUGGAAGGAGAAGAUAAAAAACUUACAACUAUGAUCGAUGAGAAGCUCGAGCACUUGGCAAUCGGAGAGCGAUAUCGCAGAAAUAAAGAACCAAAGAAGCAAAAUCUUUUACCUCAAAGCAGCCUGCAUGAAGAAGGCAAACAAGAGUCUAGAAAGUUGGGAGCUUCAAAGAAUGAAGUGACCCAAAAUGAUGGUAAGUUUAAGCAAUUAGAAAUCAGAGAGGAUUAUUUGAGAAAGUCUGAUGUUCCUGAACCUAGGAGUCUGAUUCCUCAAAGUCUUUGUGAAGAAGAAGAUGAAGACUACCAGAACCAAGUCGGGAAAGAGAACGUAGAGAGGUGGCUUCAGAUGCUAUUUGGAAACAUGCAGGAAGGCCCUUCCCUAGACUCUCCUGAAAGGGAACCUGACAGACCAGAGAACAGCACAAAUGAAUUAGUCAACGAAGUGAACUCCGUAACUCCACAGAAAGAGAUCAAGUUUUUAAGGCUUAAACCAUUAGAAGAAAAUGGUGGUUCUGACCUGAAUUCUGACAAACAGCAAACAAAAGACAGAAAUUGCAGAGAAAGCAGGACCAGUGAGGCUAUUAUGAUGAAUGACAACAGUGUGUAUGAUAGGAGUAAUGUUGUUAUAGGAGUUGGGAGUAGUCGUGCUGGUAGUAGGAAGAGCUUUGGAGCAAAGGAGAGAGAGGAGAAGAAAGGAGCACUUUCAAGGUCUGAGAGUGGCAGGGCCUUUAGGUCUUUCCCAUCAUCACCUUCAAUGAUCUUGGGAAUGAGAAGGGGUGCGGAAUGCAUAGGAAAGAAGCCAAAAGUGAUCGAUGAUGAUGAUGAUGAUCACAAUGAGGAUUCUGCGGCUGCAAGCAACAGCCAGUUCAUCAAGAUCUGCACCAAAGCAAUUAAGAAAACGGUGAACAAGUGAUGAUGGUGAUCUAUAUUUAAAUGUUUUAAUUCUUCAUUUUUUUUUUCCAAGUGCUGUGAGAUGUAAUUGUUUCUAUCACUAAACAAGUAGGUAUUGUUUGAGUGCUUAAUAUUUGUUGUAUUUUACAAUUACAUUUCUGUCAAUCUCUUUGUACUUUAGGCUGGAUUGGUUUGGGAUAUGUGUAACUACUUGUUAUAAUAAAUGAAUAUGAUUUCAAUUUGGCUUGC